UAUAUAAAUAGGGAUUGAUCGAUUGAGAAGAAAGAACGUGAAUUGAACGCUAAGUUCAGGCUCCAAAGAACUGACUUGAGCACCACAGAGAAGAUAGUUCAACUAACUGACUAAACCAGCAAAUUAAGAGAUCAUCAAUCUAUGGGAAAGGACGUCGAGAAGGAAGAUGGGCGUGGUGAUUUUACUCAAGAUGGGACUGUGGAUCUCAAACGGAACCCUGUUCUUCGAUCCAAGCGAGGUGGCUGGAAAGCUUGCUCCUUCAUUGUUGUUUUUGAGGUACUUGAACGCAUGGCCUACUUCGGAAUAUGGUCGAAUCUGGUAAUUUACCUGACCAAGGAGCUCCAUCAGGGCACAGUCACCUCGGCCAACAAUGUUACUAACUGGGUCGGGACAACCUGGAUCACACCCAUCUUGGGUGCUUAUGUUGCUGAUGCACAUCUUGGGCGAUACUGGACUUUUCUCAUUGGAUGUGCUUUCUAUCUUUUGGGAAUGAGCCUCCUAACGUUGGCAGUUUCACUCUCUUCACUGAGACCUCCUCGUUGCCCACAAACAGAGAAAAUCACAAACUGUAAACAGGCCUCCAAAUUACAAUUGGUUGUGUUCUAUGGUGCAUUAUACAUAUUGGCGUUGGCAACCGGUGCAAUCAAGCCCAACAUCUCGACCAUGGGCGCCGACCAGUUCGACGAUUUUGAUCCCAAGGAGAAGGCCCACAAGCUCUCCUUCUUCAAUUGGUGGAUGUUUGGCAUAUUCUUUGGGUCAUUCUGCGCCAACACUUUCCUUGUGUACAUACAGGACGAUGUGGGUUGGACCCUGGGUUAUGGGCUCCCAACAAUUGGGCUUUUGGUAGCGGUGAUGAUCUUCUUGACAGGUACAUGCUUUUAUAGGCAUAGGGUACCCACAGGGAGUCACUUCACAAGGAUGGCUAGGGUCAUAGUGGCUACUCUUAGGAAAUGGAGGGUGCCCAUUCCUGAUGACCCCAGAGAGCUCUAUGAGAUUGAUUUGAAGGAAUACAAAGAAAAAGGAAAGUUCAGGAUUCAGUCCACAUCUUCAUUGAGGUUCCUCAACAAAGCCUCUGUGCAAACAGGUUCUUCAAACAGUCCAUGGAUGCUUUGUCCAGUAACCCAAGUGGAGGAGACGAAGCAAAUGGUUAGAAUGAUUCCCAUCUGGAUAGCAACACUCAUGCCAGGUCUAAUGUUCGCUCAGAUCAAUACCCUUUUCGUGAAGCAAGCUACAACCCUUGACAGCACUGUAGGAAGCUUCCACAUUCCCCCAGCCAGCCUAGGUGGUUCUGCAACCAUAACCAUGCUUAUCACCGUCGUGAUAUACGAUCGGUUGUUCGUCAAAACCAUGAGCAGAUGGACUAAGAAUCCUAGAGGAAUCACUUUGCUUCAGAGAAUGGGAGUCGGUCUUGCUCUCCACGUUAUAACCAUGUUGGUUUCAUCUCUAACUGAGAGGUGGAGAUUAAGUGUGGCCAGAGAUCAUGGUUUAGUAGAAAAUGGAGGGAAAGUUCCUCUCAGCAUAUUUAUUUUGCUCCCUCAGUUUGUGCUUAUGGGGAUGGCUGAAGCUUUUUCAGCUGUAGCAAUAAUUGAGUUCUUCUAUGAUCAGGCGUCUGAGAGCAUGAAGAGUUUGGGGACUUCUUAUUCUUUGGCUAGUAUGGGGAUUGGAAAUUUCCUUAGUUCUUUUCUUCUGGCCACUGUGUCUCACGUCUCCAAGAAGGGCGGUCAUCAUAAAGGAUGGAUUACGAACAACCUCAAUGCGUCUCAUUUGGAUUACUACUAUGCAUUCAUUGCAGUACUGAACCUUCUGAAUUUUAUCUUCUUCCUUUCUGUGAGUAGGUUCUAUGUUUAUAGAGCAGAGAUCUCUGAUUCAAUGGAAGUGCUCAAAAAAGGCCUACAAUGUGAGUAGGCUCUGCUCUACCUGUUGGGGUUUUCGGGGCACAAACACACUUAUAUGGAGAAGAAGAAGUUGGUAUGUAACGAUCAGAGUACUGUAUUUUAGCAUUAUUCUGUAAA